AUGCUCCCCAACCCAUCCGGCUCUCCCUACGGUCCUACUUUAGGACCACCAAACCUAUAUCCAGGAGAAACAGCAAAAUUCCGUCCUACCAAUAAAGCAGAUUUCAGCACCCCGCUAAAAGAAAACAACAUGGACACCCCAGCCCACAAAGAACUAUACGACCAAGGCUACGAGAUGCGAAAGAAAGUCGUCGGAGAAGAAUACGUAGCUGCGUCGCUUGAAAAGGCAAGUAGUGAUUUCCUGAGACCAUUACAGCAAUACGCUACAGAAGCAGCCUGGGGCACAAUCUGGACCCGUCCGGGGUUGGAGCUGAAGACUAGGUCGUUCUUGAAUCUGGGCAUGCUUACGGCGUUGGGGAAGUGGACUGAGUUGGGGACGCAUGUUAGGGGCGCGGUGAGGAAUGGGGCGAGCGAGCUGGAGAUUCGGGAGUGUUUGUUGCAAGCUACAGCUUAUUGCGGUAUGCCUGCCGGUAUGGAGGCGUUUAGAACUGCGGAUCGGGUGCUGGCCGAGAUGGAGGCGAAAGGGGAGUUUGUAAGGGAGAAGUAG